CCGUGGGCGCAUGCUUGUCAUGUUCCAGACCACGAAAUAUAUUUACGUUCAGUUUAACAUAAUUAUUCGGCUUCGAGACAUUGUUGAGUGGUAGAUAUAAGGGAGGAUCGGAGAUAAUCAGUAUGUAUAUACGCUGAUAGACAAGCUACGAACGGGGAUGUUCCGCGAUCAGGAUUUUUUGGGAUGAAAUAACGGAGGUCAAGAGAGACUGAAAAGAAGCGGGAAUACGACUUCUUACAAUGGCCUCGCAAUCAACACCGUUUUCGGGAUAUUUUUGUUAAUAUUUGACCCGGAUUUUUAACCAGAAGUAGCAUACGGUAUUCUUAUAUACACCUGCAAAAUGGCGGAGGAAGGAGAUAUUUUAAACGCGGAGAUACAGCAAGAAAUGUACAUCCCGGUUCGUACGCUUGGCAGAGGGGCUUUCGGAGAAGCGGUGCUUUACAGAAAAAUCGAGGACAAUAUGCUGGUAGUGUGGAAAGAAGUUAACCUUAGCCGAGCGAGUGACAGAGAAAGGGCUGAUGCCCUGAAGGAGAUAGACAUCUUGUCUUUGCUGAAUCAUACAAAUAUUGUGACAUACUUCAACCACUUCAUUGAUGGGACUUCACUAUUUAUUGAAAUGGAAUAUUGCAACGGUGGGACACUGCAUGACAAGAUCUGCGUACAAAAUGAACUUUUUCCUGAAGAGGUUGUCAUCUGGUACUUUUUUCAAAUCUGUGCUGCAGUUGGGCAUAUUCAUGAAAAUGGGAUUGUUCACAGAGAUAUCAAGACAAUGAAUAUUUUCCUUACAAAGUCAGGACUUGUCAAACUGGGAGACUUUGGGAUAUCUAAAAUCCUAGAUUCUGAAGGCAUGGCGGAUUCUAUUGUUGGCACUCCAUAUUACAUGUCCCCAGAGAUUGUUCAAGGAAAAAAAUACAACCAGAAAAGUGAUAUGUGGGCUGUGGGUUGUGUGCUUUAUGAAGUGCUCACACUCAAGCGAGUCUUUGAUGCCUCUAAUCCACUGCGGCUUGUGUCAGAUAUUGUCAAGGGGCAUUAUGAAGAGAUUGAUGAACGGUACACAGAGGAAAUGAACAGUCUUGUAAACAAACUACUCUCUCAGAAUCCAGAUGAUCGGCCCUCAGUCCAAGAACUACUUGAGAUGCCCAUAUUAGCAACUCUUGGGAAAGAAAUGGAGAAAAAGGUCUGGCAGCUCAACUCAUCCACACGUCGUGCAAGGCUGGUGACCCACUCUUCAGAGACAGUCCCGGUCAUCACAUCUAAGACUUGUGAGGUAUAUUUCUGGGGGGCCGGAAAGCAGACACCACAGAAAGUCGACACAUUCGUCCUUGGUAAUACUGCGACUCAGGUUGCGGCUGGCCAUUCACAUUUCGCUAUUGUGACUGUAGAGAAGGAGAUGUUUACUUGGGCGAAUGCACACGGCGGGAAAGGCAUGUCCGGACAGCUGGGACAUGGUGACGUUGCAUGCUACAGGAAUCCCAAGCGAGUAGAUGCUCUUUUUGGCAUCCCAAUUAAGAAGGUUGCAUGUGGUGACGAGUUCACCGCAUGCAUCACAGAUGAUGGCGCACUCUACACGUUUGGCUCUGACUACUUUGGCUGCAUCGGGUGUAGUAACGAGUUGGAUGAAGAGGUUCUCCUCCCCCAUAAGGUCACUUUCUUCAAUGACAAGCCUGUUGAGGACAUCUCCUGUGGGGAUUGUCAUGUGGUCGUCAUGUGUGCAAACAAGGCCAUCUACUCUUGGGGGUGUGGAGAGCAUGGUCGACUUGGAUUGGGAAGCGAAGAUGACUUUGCUUUUCCACAGAAGAUACCACUGCCUACUUCAUGCAAAGUCAAGCGCAUCUACUGUGGUCCAGAGUCCACUUUCCUACUUACGGUCACAGGGCGUGUCCUAGCGUGUGGGAACAACGACGAAAACCAGCUAGGCCUAGACACAUUACACAGCCUGAGAAAACGCUCUAUUAAGGGUCAUGUGCCAAGUGCCAACAGCCCGAAAUUAGUACAGUCCCUCAACAGAUACACCAUUGCUAUUGUGGCUCCUGGGAAAACUCACUCAGCAUUUGUUGAUGUGUAUGGUCGGCUAGUGACUGUUGGUAGUAAUAAGUAUGGUCAGCUUGGCGUAAAUGACUACCAGCAUCACCCCAGCCCUUGCCAGGUGAAGGGUGAACUUGUUAGCAAGCAGGUUGUGGAGGCGGCUUGUGGCGAGGAGUUCACUGUUGUCGCUACUGCAGAAAACAUGGUGUACUCCUUUGGCCGUGGCGAUAAUGGGAGACUGGGGAUCACUCCUGAGAACCUUGGCAAGAAGCGUAAUGGCGUCCCCUGCAGUGCUAUGGCGAGACCCAUAUUUGGCGCGCUACACGUACUCACAAGCAUCGACUGCAAACACUGGAACACUAUCAUCGUUGCAGAAAAAGUGUUGAACUCACGGACAAUCCGAAGAUCAACCCGUUCCCUUGAGUCCCAAAACUCGGCUGGAGAUACUGGCGACGACUCGGUCUUUUCUGACCGUUUACGUAUUGAUGUGGAUAGCACCGGGGACGAAGAUGGUCCCAUUAACAGGCCGCUGAAUCACCUUGCCGAGACAGGCGACUCAGGCGUGGGGCCAUCACCUCGAUCACCAUACCAACAGACGCUUGGUGACACCAGUCCCCCUCCGCCGUGGUUACAGGAUGAGUUGGACCAGGCGGAAGUGAUCUCAUUGAGUUCCAGCUCGAUGAGCUCCAAGAGUUCUUCCAUCCGUCAAUCAUCCACCGACGGUAGCUCGGUUCCAGUCUGGCUCAAGAAGGAGCUGCAAGACGCUGAAUAUAUCCCUAUGGAUAAGGAUUCUCUAGAUGGAAGCCACACACCAUCUCUUCACCUUUCACAAGCUUCCAGCGUCACCUCGGUUGGGAUUCAGUGCUCUCUGGGCACUGGAGACGAGUCUGACGUCGAGAAAGGACUUCUUCAAAGAAUUCUUCAUCUGGAAGAUGAGAGCAAGCAGCUCCGCAAGACAAUCCAGGAGCAGGUCACGCAGAUAAAAUCAUUACAACAUGAGAAAAGCUUAUUAAUAGAGAACCAGAGCAAGUUCUGGGGGCUUGUGGACUCUUGGCAUCGCGAUUGCCAAAGAGCUUCACAACAAACUCCUCCCAGUCCCCGCCAAGCAAGCAACAGAAAGAUGCCACCCAGACCUACAGGGGUCAACGGCACAAUGUCCACCUCGGAGCGAGGCGGCGCAGAACCCAGUCACGAUCCAGCGGUAACCCAACAAGUGAAAGGCGCAACGCAAGACUCCUGGGAAGUUUAGCGGCGUAACGUAUUCAACGCAUCAGUAUUGUUACAUAACGUAAAUUAGGGAAGUUCCAGAAUCUUACGUUAGAUUUUGAAAAAAUUUGAAUGAUUUAGACCCGCCCUCGGGAUACUCGACUUAUUGUAAUUGAUCGGUGUUCUCUCGAGAUUCGCGUUGCAAUCUUUCGUAUAUCUCGUAGUACACCCGAUGAACGUUCGUGCAUUCGUAAUGCACUCGUGGUGCCACCGGCUUUGCUGCUUGUUCGAUUUGCGAUUGUAACUUACCAAACCCAGAUAAGACGAGCUUGCUAGCAAGCAUGUAAAAUGCACCGUUUUAUUUAUUUUACGAGAAUUUUCGCCAAAAGGGUUAUAUUAUAACCGUUUUAAAUCAGCAAAGCUGACCUAUUUAUUAUAACAGAAAGUAUAAUUUUAAAGGCAUCAUCAACUGCGAUGCGCAGAAUUGUAUGUAAAAAAUCGCGGGAAAUUGUUUCUUCACUUUGCUAACCUCAUAUAAUACUCAAGAUGGGAUUUCUUCAAUAAAUCAAAUUAAGUGUCUACAAAAAGAUAAUCGUGUGCUUUUCAAUUAGCAAGAAAUUAUGGAUAGAGCGGGGAAUUCAUUUCCUAAAGAGCUCUGUGGAAUUUUAAAUCCGUAAUACGAUUUUUCGGUUGUUUGAAUGAUUGGUUCUGAUAAUAUUGUCACGGAUGCAAACCGUGGAAAUUGAAUUACUUGUAGGAAAUAAGGUAUAUUAUCCAAUAGAUCGGGAAAGCUAUCAGAGGUCUACCUUGAAGGCUCUUGAUUUGAAAUCGGCAUUUCUUAAAGGAAGUAAUACUUCCUUGGGUAAAGUACGGGUUACAUAGCUAGUUCCUUUGCUUUUUCCCAAAUAUAAAAUAAUACCAUAUAUUAUACCAAUUAUAACAUAUGUAAUUAGUAGGAAAGGGAUUGGAUUAUGUGAAUAAUAACUUUUUGCGUACCCCAGAUGAUCCAGGUGCGGUGGAGAUGACCUAAAUGCGGGGGGGGGGGGAUUUAAGAUCAAGACAAAUAUCAGAGACACCUCUGGGUCAGGGGGUGCUGAUGUAGAACCGAUUUAGACCUUAUCUUUCGUGUAUGGUUGAGGGUAGAGAAUAUUUGUAAAUUUUUGCAUCUCAAAAAAUUUUCAAGCUUCAUAAAAUACAGCUUCACUUUCUUCUUCCCCCUCCACUUUAUUCUAUGUUUAUCACCAUUUUUCACAUUUUUAUCACUUAGUGUGUGCCUCUGCUUCUAACCCGCCGCGUCUGUGAUCAAAUGGGGAAUGCAACUACUUCGGAUAAUCACAACUUUAUUUAUUAUUUCAUGGAAUUAUUUGUUUUACUUCUACGUAAACCAGUACUCACGGAAAUUGAAAGAAAUACUAGUUAUUUACUAUAGUAUCAUUGUAAACAGCACUGAGAAUUAAUUUAUGGGUUGUAUCGUAUCUCCUUCAAAGUUAGCUAUUUAGCCAUGUUAGCUAUGUCAGCUAUCAUUAACACACAGCACAUAAGGCGUUGAUAUCUUUUUUUAAACGAGGUAGAUUUUAUUUUAUUAUUGACAACGUUUAUCAUGUAAAAAUAAUGCUACUAUAAAUCAAUUCUCCAUUGACUAAAGCCCCAAUUUUUUUGGACCAAUAGUAAUUCCCUAUGGUAACUUGGCUUUAUUAUGAUUCUUCUUUAUCUUUUUAUGGGAAAAAAUUCACUUAGAUAAAUGGAACCCAUAAUGGCUGGCGUUCAAUUGUACGUCAAUGCUUUACUUCUCAACUUGGCUUUGUUCCAGGUGAUCAUUAAUUCUUGUGUUUGGUAUUUUAAUGUUAGGCAAAAUAUUUGUAAGGUUAUCAUCUGGGUUGAGCUUAUGAACUAAAUAAUUAUAAACAGUAAUGUUUA